AUGCACCAUAGUGCAGCUGUAAUAACAGUGUGUGACGAAGGGCUCGACCUGAGGAAGGAAGAACCUGAACCACAGGCUAGACAUUGGCCCAGGUCCCCUGUGGCACCCAGAGGCCACACAGAGCUGGUCACACAGAGCAGGGCUCGCAAAAUUUCAAAAUCCCAGCAAGAACAAACCAAUGACGCGCAGGGUGAUGCAGAGGAGAGGGAGGAGCCUCAGAGGCAGAGGAGGACAGUCUGCCCACCAAUCAGGUACCUACUGGAGUCGGAGGAAGCACCACAUGGUUCUGGAACAGCCAAUCAGACCAAUCAGGAGGCAGCUACCAAACCUACAAGAAGCAGAGGAAGAUCAAAAGAUGCUGUGGGGGGCGGGGCUUCAGAGGUGAUUGACAGGCCUGAGACUAAUGCUAAAGACACAGGUCACAUGGUCACAGGAGGAGGAAGAGAGGAAGGAGAGGAGGAGCCUCGCAGGACAAAGAGGACGAUGGUUGGCCGACCAAUGAGGUACCUGCUGGAGUCAGAGGAAACAGGAAGUGUCAGAACCUCCAAUCACGAUGCAGAACCCACACAGCGCAGGCGAAGACCAAAAAAUGUUUUUGACUUCAGUGAGGCUGGGGGCGGGGCUUCAAAGAUGACUGACUGUUCUGAUACUGAAGAUAAAGAAACGGAUCACAUGGUCUCAACGGGAGGAAGACAGGAAGAGGAGGAGCCUCAGAGGCCCAGGAAGCCCCUCCUCACAGCACCCACCGAGGCUCCUUAUUGGUCAAGAGACAUAAACCGUGUGAGAACACGUCCCAGCUGGUUGGUCGACUACUGGACCCUGAACGGGAGAGGGAAUGGAAGGAGGGGGACAAAGAGGAGCAGAGUGGAGGACGACGAAGAAAGGGAGGCGCAACAAGUCUGUGUGGAGAAGGAGGAGGAGCCUCAAAGGCCGAGGAGGACGAUGGUUGGCCCACCAAUCAGGUACCUGCUGGAGUCAGAGGAGGCAACACGGGGUUGUGGAACAGCCAAUCAGACCAAUCAGAAGGCAGCUAACAAACACACAAGGAGGAGAGGAAGAUCAAAAGACUCUGUUGGAGGCGGGGCUUCAAAGAUGACUGACUGUUCUGACAUUGGAGAUAAAGACACAGGUCACAUGGUCUCAACGGGAGGAAGACAGGAAGAGGAGGAGCCUCAGAGACCAGGAAAGACAGUCAGCCCACCAAUCAGAUGCCUUCUAGAGUCAGAGGCGUCUGCCCUCCACCCGUCCGUCCACAGACCAAAGCGACCUUUCGGCUGUCACCUCUGCAACAGGAAGUUCAGCUGUGCCCGCAGGCUGUUCCUGCACCAAUGCGAUCAGCACCACAGCAAUAUAGGUGGUCGCUACAGCAACGGCUGUGGGGCGGCCCUGAGCAACGCCCAAGCUCCUAAAAACAAACGGGAAAAACAGACCACCCAGGAUGACAAGGAGGAGGAGCCUCAGAGGCCCAGGAAGCCCCUCCUCACAGCACCCACCGAGGCUCCUUAUUGGUCAAGAGACAUAAACCGUGCGAGAACACGUCCCAGCUGGUUGGUCGACUACUGGACCCUGAACAGGAGAGGGAAUGGAAGGAGGGGGACAAAGAGGAGCAGAGUGGAGGACGACGAAGAAAGGGAGGCGCAACAAGUCUGUGUGGAGAAGGAGGAGGAGCCUCAAAGGCCGAGGAGGACGAUGGUUGGCCCACCAAUCAGGUACCUGCUGGAGUCAGAGGAGGCAACACGGGGUUGUGGAACAGCCAAUCAGACCAAUCAGAAGGCAGCUAACAAACACACAAGGAGGAGAGGAAGAUCAAAAGACUCUGUUGGAGGCGGGGCUUCAAAGAUGACUGACUGUUCUGACAUUGGAGAUAAAGACACAGGUCACAUGGUCUCAACGGGAGGAAGACAGGAAGAGGAGGAGCCUCAGAGACCAGGAAAGACGGUCAGUCCACCAAUCAGGUACCUGCUGGAGUCAGAGGAGACAACACGGGGUUGUGGAACAGCCAAUCAGACCAAUCAGAAGGCAGCUACCAAACACACAAGAAGGAGAGAAAGAUCAGAUGCUGUUGGCCUCUGUGAGGCUGGGGGCGGGGCUUCAGAGAUGAUUGACAGGCUUGACGCUAAAGUUAAAGACAUAAGUCACGUUGAAAAGGGCAGAAGAAAGGGAGACGAGAAGAAGGAGGAGCCUCAGAGGCUGAGGAGGACGAUGGUCGGCCCACCAAUCAGGUACCUGCUGGAGUCAGAGGAGCUGUCACGGGGUCAAAGAACAGCCAAUCAGGACACAGAAAACAAACCCACACACAGCAGACGGAGCCCAAAACAGGUUGGUAGCCACAGUUAACUGAUCAAUCAGGAGGCAGCUAACAGCACCUGCCAU